AAGAUCGUUAGAUUGGUUGCCAUUAUCGGUGGCUACGUCUUGAUCCGUUCCCUCUUCAUGACCCACUUGAAAAACAAGCAGUUGAGAGACAGGAUCGCCGACGACAAAAAGAUGCAGGUGGAGGGUUUGAUCGAUAGACCAGAUCUUAUUGAGGCCGCCCAGGCCACCGCCAACGAGCCAUUGGAGUUCGGCUGGGGUAAGAAGACCAGACGUAACAUCAAGAUCCAGAAGGAGAUUUUCGAAAAGACCUUGGACGAUUUAGCCUCUAGGGUUGACUUGGAUGACGACGAAGAUAAGGAUAUCGCCGAAUUACUUGAAAACUAA